AUGGCAAACACAGAAGAUGGUAUAUUCACUCCUUCACCUCCUGUUCCUCUUCUCCAGACUUGGUCUGUUUUGCUAACUCCAUCUCAGUCGAACCCCACACAGAUCUUUGCCGACGAUGUCACAGAGGAAAAGGGCGAGAAUGCACGUCUCUCGGCCUUUGUAGGCGCCAUCGCCGUCGGUGAUUUGGUCAAGAGCACACUGGGCCCCAAGGGCAUGGAUAAGAUAUUACAGUCGGCCUCCACCGGCGAGAUCAUGGUCACAAACGACGGUGCCACCAUCCUCAAAGCCAUCGCUCUUGAUAACGCUGCUGCUAAAGUGCUCGUCAACAUUUCAAAAGUACAGGACGACGAAGUGGGUGAUGGCACCACAUCCGUCACUGUGCUAGCCGCUGAACUCCUCCGCGAAGCUGAGAAGCUUGUCGACCAAAAGAUCCACCCCCAGACCAUCAUCGAAGGCUACAGGAUAGCAAGUAAUGCGGCCCUCAAGGCCCUCGAGAAGAUUGCGGUGGAUCACAGCGGCGAUGAAAAGGCCUUCCGGGAAGACCUCGAGGCGAUUGCGCGGACAACGCUGAGCUCCAAGGUGCUCUCGCAGGACCGCGACCAAUUCGCCAAGCUCGCCGUCGACGCCGUUCUCAAGCUCGGCGGCUCGACCGACCUCACACACAUUCAAAUCAUCAAGAAGGCGGGAGGAAAGCUCAAGGACUCUUACCUGGAGGAGGGCUUCAUCCUGGACAAGAAGUUUGGUGUCAACCAGCCCAAGCGGAUAGAGAAUGCCAAGAUCCUCGUAGCCAACACCUCCAUGGAUACAGACAAGAUCAAAAUCUUUGGUGCAAGAGUAAAGGUCGACUCCACGGGCAAGCUGGCGGAUCUGGAAAAGGCAGAGCGGGAGAAGAUGAAGGCAAAGGUCGAGCGUAUCAAGGCACACGGCAUCAACUGCUUCGUCAACCGACAGCUCAUCUACAACUGGCCAGAGCAGCUCUUUGCCGACGCCGGCAUCUGCUCGAUUGAGCACGCAGAUUUUGACGGUGUGGAGCGUCUCGCUCUGGUUACAGGGGGAGAGAUUACUUCGACAUUUGAUCACCCAGAGAACGUCAAGCUUGGUCACUGCGACUUGGUCGAGGAGGUGAUUAUUGGAGAGGAUGUUUUGAUUCGAUUCUCAGGCAUCAAUGCUGGCCGAGCGUGCACCAUUGUGCUCCGUGGCGCUACCGAGCAGCUCCUGGACGAGGCUGAACGAUCGCUCCACGAUGCUCUCGCCGUUCUCUCACAGACGAUCAAGGAGCCGAGGACGACUCUGGGAGGGGGAUGUGCGGAGAUGAACAUGGCCAAAGCGGUAGCGGUUGCGGCACAGAAUGUCGAGGGUAAAAAGGCGAUCGCGGUUGAGUCCUUUGCCAAGGCUCUCCAGCAAUUACCCACCAUUCUGGCGGACAAUGCAGGCUUCGACUCGAGCGACCUGGUCACCCGGCUCCGCAAAGCCGUGUACUCGGGCUUGACGAGCUCCGGAUUGGAUCUCUUGACACCGGGUGGAGGGAUCACAGACAUGAGGGAAUUGGGGGUGAUUGAGAGCUACAAGUUGAAGCGGGCGGUUGUGUCGUCGGCCUCGGAGGCUGCCGAGUUACUCCUACGUGUGGACAAUAUUAUUCGAUCGGCACCACGAAGACGCGAGCGUAUGUAG